CUCCAAUUUGACUGUACAUCCGGGGUCGUGGCUGCGCUGCGCGUGUGAAACUCGUUCAUUCAGCUGUUGAUUUCGGUGAAAUAAUCAUGUCCCUGGAAAUAGAGUCAGCAGACGUGAUCCGUCUGAUAAUGCAGUACCUGAAGGAGAACAACCUGCAGCGCACCCUGUCCUGCCUCCAGGAGGAGACCACCGUGUCCCUCAACACCGUGGACAGCAUCGAUAGCUUUGUGGCGGACAUCAACAGCGGCCACUGGGACACUGUCCUGCAAGCCAUCCAGUCCCUCAAACUGCCCGAUAAAACGUUGAUAGAUCUCUACGAACAGGUGGUGCUGGAGCUCAUCGAGCUGCGAGAACUGGGCGCCGCUCGAUCCCUCCUGCGACAGACGGACCCCAUGAUCAUGCUGAAACAGACCCAACAGGACAGAUACAUUCACCUGGAGAACCUGCUGGCGCGAUCCUACUUCGACCCCCGAGAAGCUUACCCCGACGGCAGCAGCAAGGAGAAACGCCGCGCUGCCAUCGCUCAGGCCCUGGCUGGUGAGGUCAGCGUGGUGCCGCCGUCCCGUCUCAUGGCGCUGCUGGGACAGUCCCUCAAGUGGCAGCAGCAUCAGGGACUCCUGCCCCCUGGCAUGACCAUCGACUUGUUCCGAGGCAAGGCUGCCGUCAAAGACGUGGAAGAAGAGCGCUUCCCUACGCAGCUCAGCAGACACAUCAAGUUUGGACAGAAGUCCCAUGUAGAGUGCUCCAGAUUCUCUCCGGAUGGUCAGUACUUGGUCACCGGCUCGGUGGAUGGCUUCAUCGAGGUGUGGAACUUCACCACAGGAAAGAUCAGAAAGGAUCUGAAGUACCAGGCCCAGGACAACUUCAUGAUGAUGGACGAUGCCGUGCUGUGCAUGUGCUUCAGCCGGGACACGGAAAUGUUGGCCACUGGCGCUCAAGACGGGAAAAUCAAGGUGUGGAAGAUCCAGAGCGGUCAGUGUCUGCGGAGGUUUGAGCGAGCCCACAGUAAAGGAGUCACCUGCCUCAGCUUCUGUAAGGACAGCAGUCAGCUGCUCAGCGCCUCCUUCGACCAGACCAUCAGAAUCCACGGACUCAAGUCUGGGAAAACCCUCAAGGAGUUCCGCGGCCACUCCUCGUUCGUCAACGAAGCCACGUUCACACCAGACGGUCACCACAUCAUCAGCGCCUCCUCGGACGGCACAGUGAAGGUGUGGAACAUGAAGACCACCGAGUGCUCCAACACCUACAAGCCUCUGGGCACGUCGGCAGGCACCGACAUCACCGUCAACAACGUGAUUCUGCUGCCCAAGAACCCGGAGCAUUUUGUCGUGUGUAACCGGUCCAACACGGUGGUCAUCAUGAACAUGCAGGGACAGAUCGUGAGAAGCUUCAGCUCCGGUAAGAGGGAGGGCGGUGACUUUGUGUGCUGCACUCUGUCACCCCGCGGCGAGUGGAUCUACUGUGUGGGCGAGGACUUUGUGCUCUACUGCUUCAGCACAGUCACCGGCAAGCUGGAGAGAACGCUGACGGUCCACGAGAAGGACGUGAUCGGCAUCGCCCACCACCCACACCAGAACCUGAUCGGCACCUACAGCGAGGACGGCCUGCUGAAGCUCUGGAAGCCUUAAACCCAGCCUUCCAUCCUGGACUCUGCUAGGCUUGUUUUUUUUUUUUAAUUCCAUUUUAUACACGUCUGUGUGCUCUAUUUUGUGUUCCAGCUUCACAAAUCUAGACAUUUCAACAAUUUGGAUUUUCAUCUCUGUUACAAGACACAUGAGGCUUUCUCACAUUCUACUGGUCCAAGUCUGAAAAGUUUCGACCGCAGAGGUUCUACAAAUUUGUCCCUGCAUUAACAGUUUGGUUGCUAACUUGACGGUAACAAAAGCCCAUCUGACAUUAGCUAACUGACGCGUCCAAGUCGUCGUGUAUUCCGCCGGCUCUCACGCAAGGUCGUCACAUUUUUCUCACUGGUUUCGACGCAUCACCUGGAUGUUGACGGUGAAAUCCGCUCGGAUGGAUCAGUCAUCCGUUCACACAUAUUCCAAAUGUACUUCCUGUUUUGCUCUGUUGGAGGACGUCUCCAGAGGAGCUCCCCACUGGCCUGAGUCGGUGGCCACCAGAUUUGUUUUGAUUUGUAAAUAUAUUUUCUACAACAGUUCCUGACUUUUUGUAAUUAAAAA